AUGAACACCCUAUCGUCGGCGUGCUUCGUGUCGGCCAUAACCGCUACCGACGCAUCAACGAUGUGCUUGAUUAAAGCUGACAGGAUGGAUUAUCGUGUGCUGGCCUUUGACAUCUUUCGAGGCGGAAAGUCUCAGCCCAAGGAGCCCGAAGACUACCACGGUAUGUUCAACCACGAAUAUUUUAUCAAGUCGUUUGAAUCGUUGCUGAACAAGUUGGCCACGUUGGGAAUCCAGAAUGCGUACAUCGUUAUGGGCAACGCGAAAUACCACAAGGGACGCCCUCAAGGAACCCCAAGUAGUCGUCAGUGCAAGAAGACCCUCCAAAAAAUGUGA